UUAUAGUCGUUCAGUUUAUACUCUUAAAACCAAGAACAGAAUUUGGAUUUCAUGGCUUCCCCUGGAGAUUUUCCUUUUUUCUUUCCCAUUUCAUAGGAUGAUGGUUUAAAAUUUAAAAACAUAACUUAAAUAAGACAUGAAGCAGUAUGUGACAAUUUGUUAGCACUUUGUUUCAAAAUUCACCUUUAUGGUUUGACUGUGUAUUUUAUGUUCACAAAGUUAUUUAUGGGCAUCGAUGGUUCCAUGGAUCUGUGGUUCAUUUAUCAUCCAUGGAAUCUUUCCAUUGCAGAAAAGGUUCUUUAGUGGAAAAGGGUUCUUUAGAUUAUUAAAAUGUUCUUCACAUGAAGAAAAAUGGUUUUAAGAUCGGUUCACUAAAAGGUUCUUUGGGGAACCCAAAAAUGGUUUUUGUGGCAUCUCGGCAAAAAAACCCUUUUGGAACUUUUAUUUUUAAGACCAAGUGUAGAAACAAAAUGAUACUUGUGCACUAAUUUAAACCACAGGCCAUUUUUUGUACAUAAAUCAAAAAACACUCUUAAAACCCAUAGGAGAAUUCAAAGGGAAAGAAUGUGCAAUAGUCAUUGAAUAAACUGCAACCUUUUUUUAUCCUGGGACUCAAUCAAAAAAUAAAUAAAUAAAAAAUAAAAUUGUUCAUAUUCAAGUGCAUGUGUCUUGUUUACAAUAGAUUAAGAUGUAAUAAGAAAGCACAUUUUAAAAUACAUGCAACCCUGAUUUAUUUAUUUUUGUCUAAUUUGUCAUAUCCAAACAUUCAUAUUUUUGAUCUUGGCAGCUAUAAUAAAAUCAUCAAAAUAGUGCCAAACCAAUGAAUAAGGCCAUAGGAGGGAAGGCCAUAUGACCCAUACAAUAUACCCCGAAAAGCUUUUAUAGCUUAAAAGAUCAGGAGCUGUUUUCAAAUACCCUAGACUGCACAAAUAAAGUAAAUCUUAAAUCCAAAACACUUUUUUUUGUUUUUGCAUCGAAUGAAAAUCUGUUACUGUUUUCUGUUUUAAAAGCAGAAAUUGUUUAGAUCACUGUUUUUGUUAUUCACAUUUCUGUCUGAGCAUAAGCCAUGGAAUCUAACAUGAUCUUGACUUAAUCUUCUUAUAAAACCUUAACCCAGCCUUAAAUGCAGGGUGCUUAGAUGUGUUAGCCGGCACUGAGCUUGACGGUGGCCGUGCAGAUUUUUGUAAGCAAAGAAAAGAGUUACUGUUACAGUUACUUAAAUAAAAUGAAAGCAGAGCUGACAGCACAUCACAGCAGAUGACAUGUAUCUCUCUAUUCAAUUAACUCAACUGUGGGAGGAACUGAAGUCAAAUCAUCUCGCCAAAUACGGCACAGUAACUGCGGUCACAGCUAUUAGUUUGGUUCUGCUGAGAAGAUGGAUUGCAGGUGGAGUUUGCCGCUGUCGUGUGCGACUGGAUGGGAAGACAGUCAUCAUUACUGGUGCCAACACUGGCAUUGGAAAAGAGACAGCACAUGACUUGGCCAUGAGAGGGGCUCGGGUUGUGAUGGCUUGUCGAGAUCUUUCAAAAGCAGAAAAGGCUGCGGCAGAGAUUCGCAGAUCUACAGGAAAUGGCAACAUAGUAGUUCGGCACUUAAACCUCUCAUCUCUGCUCUCCGUGCGGCAGUUUGUGCAUGAAUACACUGCCAGUGAGGAGCGACUGGAUAUACUUAUUAACAAUGCUGGAGUGAUGAUGUGCCCUAAAAGCCUUACAGAGGAUGGCUAUGAAACCCAGUUUGCUGUCAAUCAUUUGGGCCAUUUCCUCCUGACUGUUCUGCUCCUGGACAUGCUGAAGAAGUCUAGUCCUAGUCGAAUUAUUAACGUUUCCAGUAUUGCUCACAAAGGAGGUAAGAUCCACUUUGAUGACCUUAACUUUAACAAAGCACCGUAUGAUUCCUUGGUCAGUUACAGGCAGAGCAAACUUGCCAACCUGUUGUUUACUCGAGAAUUAGCACGGAGGAUUAAAGGGUCUGGAGUAACAGUGUACUCUCUUCACCCUGGAGUAAUCCGCACUGAACUGGGACGUUACGUGCAGACGCGCCACCCUCUGCUCAGCGCUCUGUUGUCUUUUCCUGCUCUCUUACUGAUGAAAACCCCCAGUCAAGGCGCUCAGACUUCUAUUUACUGUGCGGUUGCUGAGGGGCUGGAGUCUCACAGUGGCUGCUAUUUCAGUGAUUGUAAGCUGAAGGAACCAGCCCCUGAAGGUAAAGAUGAUCUCGCUGCCCUGCGAUUGUGGGAAAUAAGUGCAAAACUUGUUGGCUAUGAUGAAGAGAACUAACAACACUCCACUAAACUCAAUUCACAAUACCGGAUGCCUAUAUAGGAAUGUUUUGUAUGCAGCUAUCAACACUCAGAUCAUCUUUUCAAUCUUUGUUGAUUUUUUUUAAAUGUAAAACUUUAUUUAAUUGAAUUUAUGAUUAUUGAUGAUUAGUGGUUUAAUCAACUAUAGAAGAAGAAAUUAAAAAAUUUUUUUUAAAAAAGGGCAGUGGAUGCUUGUAAAAUAUGUGAGUGUUGUGAUGUCUGAUUCAUGACCAAAUCGUUCUUCUAGAAUAUUUCAAAAGAAUCGUUUCAUGAAUCCAAAUAAAUUGACUCA